UAGGUUUCAUUUCUCAGCUCGCGGAGGGUUGUCGUGACAAACACUUCGACGCAGGAGCUGGACGGCAGAGGCUCACCAUGUCGGGGAAAGCUGUCGCUGUGCUCUUGCUGGCAGUCCAGUUGUCAGCUGUGAUGGCGAAAGAAUCGACCCGGUGGCCACCAACUACAGCCUCUCCAAGAAAUAACUUGGUUGGGAAGAUGGUGACGCUGGCAACUUAUGGAGGUGGGGGAGUCACCUUCUACCCUCCAUAUUACUCGCCGGAUCCCACUGUCAAUGCGUCCCAACAAUGGCCCACCACUGCAUGGCCGACCAGACCUCGAUUCUGGACCACCCCACCAUCAACUACAGGAGUCUCCGUGUGUCUGCGCUUCAUCAAGGAUUUCAGACAAGAGAGCCCCAUCUUCCAGCUGGACCCAGGAAGCUACCGCUCACUCUUUCUGACUAAUCGUGGCCAGGACUACUGGAUGUCGCAGAGUAGAUAUGGCUCCCAAUAUCUCAUGACCCCUAAUUUACAAAUCUGGCCGAACCUUUACCCGGAGAUCUGGUCUCGGGUGUGUCUGGUGGUGGACAGCAUGAAGAACGUGGCCCAGUUGUACAGUGGGUCAUACAUGAGCGCCAGGAAGUUGAUCCCUUCGCAGAUUGGGUGGUCAGGUCGUCCUAUGAUUGACAUCACAGAAUUUGACGGACAAGUGACAGAUAUCCAGAUUUGGGAUUAUGCCAUCAGCUCCAACAUGGUCUACUACUACAUGAUCCGCGGUACUGCCGGUGGAAAUGCUCUGACCUGGUCGAACAUCGGCUACUCAGCCAGAGGACGGAUCCUGAUGGAGGACAGCUACCAGUACAUGCUGAAGGAGGAGGAAGCCGGACAGCGAGAGAGUCGCCGUCGACACAAAGCGAAGACGAUGUUCGUCUACGUGAAAGGAGGGAGGAUGAAAAACCAGAUGUGAUCACGGAUGUCAUGUAACCCAAUGUUUUUCAACCUGUGUGCUGUGGCACACUAGUGAAACACGGUCAGCAGUGCCGGAGGAAUUGAUUCACCUCAUUUAUCCUGAGAUAGAUACGAUGACAUUAAACAAUGCACAAUUCUA